UAGUUAGAUUUGUUGAAAUAAAGACAGAUAGAAGUUAGGUAUAGUUUAGUGAAUAUUACAAUAAUAAUGAAAGCUAAUGAUUCAACCUCAUUUAAAACUGAUAAUGAUGGAUAUAUACAGACAUGGGGUAUUGUACCAAUAGUAGAUGAAUCUAUGAUAUAUGACGCGAUAGACACAGAGAAGAUUUCUGGUAGGAAAAGAACUGAUAGGCUACCACUACCGCCUCUUCCGCCGCCGAUACCUCCAGUUCCUACAGUCAGUGAUUACGGUCCUACUUGUGAUCCUUAUAAGAAGACAACAGUCCUUCCAAAUAAUGAGGAGGAAGCAAACAAAGAAAGAAAGAGAACAUGCAAGAAGAAACAUGCUCUAGUCAUAUUGGUACUACUGCUUGUUGUUAUAGCAAUUGUUGCUAUUUCAAUACCAAUUGCAUUACAUAUUCACUAUACAGGUAGACUGGGAGUAGGUGGUUGUACCUCAAAGAUAAAGAGAUGUCAUUCCUGUACAUGUUCCAACGGGAGGUGCCCCGUGAAUGGACAAAUUUCAUCAUCCAAAGCGUAUGAAUAUGGAGAAUAUGAUGAUUGUGAUGGUCAUUGUUUUACUGAAGUUAGAAAACCUGAUGGGAAUAAAACACAUCGCGGUUGUGCUACUUCUGAUCCCAAAUGGAAAUCAAAACCAGAAAGUCAUGAAAUUGGAUGUCAUACUAUUCAAGGAAGUUAUGUAUGUUUUUGCUGUGGAGAAUACUGUAAUAAGGAUGAUAUGACCCAAUAUUAUUCUACAGCCUGUAAAUAAUUCACUUAUUUCUGCGAUAGGUAAUUGUCUUAAAGCUAUAGAAGUAUUAAAUUAACUUAUUUCUAUCUAACGAGAUUGAUCUUAAAAUCGUGUUAUGUGGAAUUUUGACACAAUAGCUUCCAAAGUGUGCCAGCCAAUUAAAAAACCAUCAAUAAAAGUCAAAAGACAAUACAAGUCCUCACAAAUAUUAGGGGAACCUUCCAGCUAGGAAAUUUUAUGGUUGUUAUCGAGAACUCCUUGAUAAAUAAAAUAAAUCUGCUUUUUUGCAUUUUGGCUGAUUUGUUUUGAUCUGGCUGUAUUUCAGCGGUGUUAGCGAAGCAGACCAUGCUUUCUCUUUUCGAAACACUCUUUUAGAGGAGUCCAGUACUAUACUAACUUUACUCUCGAUUUUGCUAUUCCUUGGACAAGAUUUUUGAUUGACGGAAUUGUCUUGCUUGUACGGAUUUUUAUUUUAUUGGCCGCUCUGAUGGGUUGAUUAUUAAACGACUGGACAACAAGACAUAACAAUUUUCAUGGAUGGAAAGCGGAGGCAUCAACAGAAAAAAAUCACGAAGGAAUUAUUCAGAUUUGCAAUUUAAUCAUAUUAACUUAUUGAUGGAUAUAUGUGUUAAAUAAAAAUAAUAUAAUUU